AUGCCUCCUGCACGGAAGUUGGCAGCAAGCAGACGGCAACCAGCAGAGUCGCCAGCCACUGAAUGUGAAAGAGUAAGGGCUGAAACGAUCAUGAGGAACAAUCGUGAGUUUCAGUCCCUUGGUAUUAAUGCAACAAAGGACAUUUUGAACAAGACCACUGCAGCUAAGAAGGCUAUGGCUCGUGAAAACUCUGGUUCAUUGUAUGACCCUGGAGAUAAUGAUGGUAGUGAAGAGGGUGUAGUUGAUAAGGUUUCACAGAAUGUGCCUUGCGACACCAUCGUUGCUAAUGGAGGAGCAAGAGGUCAAUCAAAUCACACUAUAGAUCGAUGGAAUAAAGGAAAAAGCAUGGGCAGAGACUUGGAUCGCAUAAGCCGAGGCUUAAACACUAGGAUUCCGGUGGUCAUUGCUGAAGGGAAGAAACGACCUGAGCCGCCUAUGCAAGCUGCAAAGUUGGCAUCAGAGGGGGGGAUUAUACUGAGGCAACAUAUACCAAUCUUUACACACUGGAAGGAGUACAAGGAUAUCAAGAACAAGGAUAUUCUUCCAGGCUACAUGGGCAAAAUUUCUAAUCAAUUAGCAAUUGAUACUGACAGCAAGCCAGUCAAAGAGGCAUGUGCUGAUUUGCUCAGGACUGGAACACGACAAAUGAGGUACAAUUUGAAGAAGCUUUACUUCAAUGGUGUACCAGCAGACAAAGUUAGAACAACAUCACCAUUGAAGAGUAUGACUGAUGAUCAAUGGAGAGAGCUGGUGGAGAUGUGGUCAAGCCCAAAGCACAAGGACAAGUGUGCAAAAAAUGCACUUAACCGUGAGAAAGUAAGGUUUCAUCAGAUGACAGGAUCUCGGUGCUAUAUUGCGACAACCCAUGCCUUGAAGCAAGAGAAAUAUAAAGAUGAACCACCCAGUGCGAUAGAUCUUUUCAAGGCCCUACAUUGCAGCAGCAAGACUGGGUUUAAUGAGUCUGCAAAGGAAGCUAUUGCUGAAAUGGAAUCCAUUGCUGCUGCACCUGUAGAAGACGGCCAAGUUGUAAAGACCCCUGCUGAAGUUGUUGCUCAAGUAUUGCCGAAAUCAAAAUUUCUUCAAAAUAUUGGCCUUCAGCUAGCAGCCCCCAAGAGAAGCUCUAAAGCCAUUAAUGAUGCACGGGUUAUAGAACUUGAAGCAGAAGUUGCAGCUGGAAAGCAAGACAAAGAAGAACUAAAGGAUGAGAUGGAGACUUUGAAGAAGAAGGUGGAGGAAUCAGAAAAUGAAAGACGCAGGCUGUUAGAAGAGACAGAGCAGUUGAAGAAGGCACAAGAUGAGUUGAAGAAGGCACAAGACGAGACGAAUGCUUUCUUUCGUCGCAUGUUCAGCAAAGAGUAA